AUGGCCGACGCAAAUACUGACCCAAAUCUCUUUGUCAAGGCAAUGGCCUUUACAAAGAACGCCCAUCGCGAUGUUUAUCCCGCUGUAGACCCCAAACAGCCCAAGCUGUCGCAGGCGGGAAAGGUGAUUGUUAUCACUGGCGCCACUCGAGGACUAGGAAGGGGAUUCGCGAUUUCAUUCGCCCAGGCUAAAGCAGCGGCGAUUGCGCUUCUUGGACGCUCUGCUGAUGCCUUGGCUGAGACGGAAAAGCAAGUCAAGGAGAUUAGCCCUGAAACAGUGGUUCUCUCCCUGGUUGCUGAUGUGCGAGAUGAGGCGGGGAUUAAUGCUGCAUUCGAAACAAUUGUGGCCAAGUGCGGAGUCCCGGAUGUCCUUAUCAAUAACGCUGGAUACCUUGUCAACGAGGUGAUUGGGGAGUCCACCGUUGAGUCGUUCUGGACGGUCCAGGAAAUUAACGUCAAAGGCGUCCUAAUCGUCUCCAAGGCCUUCCUUAAGGCCAUUGAAGCCUCUCCAGAGCAAGAAAGAACAAUCAUAAACCUAACCUCCACCUCAACCCAAACCACUGGCAUCGCCCUUGACGCAUACACCGUCAGCAAAGUCGCCGUGACAAAACUAACCGAGUUUCUCGCAGCCGAGUACCCCGCCAUUACAUCUGUUAACCUUGACCCGGGCAUGGUUGCCACAGACAUGGGCGUGAGUGUCCCUAUAAUUGCGGCCUUCCUGUAUGACACAGUCGAGCUUGCAAGCGGGGCAGCGGUUUGGCUGUGUAGUGGGGACAGGAAGUUCCUGUCAGGCAGGUAUUUCUUGGUAAAUUGGGAUGUGGAGGAGCUGGAGGUGCGGAGGGAGGAGAUUAUAGCGGAGAAUUUGCUUUCUUCGGGCGUGCGCAGGGGGGAUAAGGUGCCAGCAGAGGACGAGCUGGUUAUUCAUGAGAAGACUUUGACUGUUGUUCAGACGGUUUAUCAUUAG